GUCCAACGUGCACGCGCGCCACACAGCGAGCAGCAGUAGCAGCAGCGCGCGACGAAACGAUGCGCGUUCCCCGUUCCUUUACACAUAAUGAACUCUCCGCUUUUGGACAGAAAUGGCGAAAAGCGAUGUUAGACGAGCUACUAAUUCCGAAAAAGUUAGCUAACUAACGCUUUAUACUUCGCAGCGUUUGUUCGGAAGAAGGUGCGAGGAGUUUUGACACGCUUCUGAAUUGUUUCUGGUGGGUUCUGCAUUGCCCUGCGGGACAUUACUGUGAAGAACCAUCGUGAGGAUUAGCAUCAAGGCUUUAAUUAUGGCCAUGGAAUGUAUUAAAAACUGCUGCAAGAUUUUUCUGGUGAGGGAAAAAGAACCAGAACCACAGAUCAUUACAGUUCGACCCUUUGCAUCGCUGCCAGAGGCAGAAGUAAAGAAAACUACGUUUGGUGUCUCGGAGGAUUAUCUUCUCUCCAAACUGCCUCCCGAUGGCAAAGAAAUACCCUUCGUACUCCCUUCGUACAGAUCUUCUUAUGUACAGCCGCAAGGGAUGCAAUACUCUAGCUACCAGGCUGGACUACAAGGUUCAGCAAGAGCCACGUAUGCUGAGAGGAAGGUGGAGCUAUCAUCUGCGGGCCAAUUCACAUAUGACCCCACUUCCCCCUUUAACCCGAGUCAUGUGAUCAGUUACGUAUCCCCAAGGGCUGUGAGGCGACCCCCGUUAAAAGGUGGACAGGCAUCAGCGUUCGAGCAGAGCGUGAAGCAAAAACUCAGCGCAUCCAUGUUGGAUCUGUCAAGUCCUCACAGCCACAUUCAGCGCUAUGACUCAGUGAACAGUGUCCCGAGCAGCACGUCUUCCAUUCGGGAUUCCUUUGGGAGCAACCGUAGCAUUGAAUCCAGCACAGUGUCGAGUGAUGAGCGAGAGCGGGAUUUAGGGAAGGUGUGUGUGCGUUUAAGCUACCAGGAGGCGGUGGAACAGGUGUGGAUCACGCUGGUGCAGUGUAAAGAUCUGUCUGUGUACUCAGAAGGUGGUGAACAGCAGAGGGUUGGUUUUAAAGGGGUUAUCACCAUGGCAAAACCUGUGCAGUUUAAAACUUCAGUAAAAGAGGCAACACCAGACGUAGUCUUUAUGGAGACAUUCGUAUUCACUCUAAGCCUGGAGCAGCUGCGUGCUUGUGCACUGGUGCUGCGACUGCAGACACACACACCCCGCAAGCACAUGCAGGGUGAAUGUGUGUUAUCUCUCCGGACGCUUGCACCGCAGGAGACUGAGCACUGGUUGGACCUGAGUCCACCCUGCAAGACACAUGUUUGUCACGCUGAGCUCCAGUUGUCCACCUGUUUUCAGCCAGUCAGCAGCCGAAUCCAGCUCCAGAUUCUCACUGCUCAGAACCUACCAUCAUCAUCCUUGCUCCUUAGACACAGUUUUUUUGUAAAAGUCGAGAUGUUCAGCGGCGGACGCUUUAUAAUAAAGAGGAAGACAAAGCUGUUGAAGGCCUCUGGAGGGCAGGUGCAGUGGGCGGAUUUAGUGCUCCUGCCAGUCACCAGUCAGGACUACAACAUCCAGCUGUUCGUCAAACUCUACAGCCGUGGAUCUAUACGCAGGAAAUACAUGCUGGGACAGGUCGUCCUGGGUUUUGAUAGCUCAUCACCGGAGGCUGUAGAGCAGUGGACCGACUCCAUCACACACCCAGAGAAAGUGGUUACGGCAUGGCACAGACUGAGCCACUCCUGAGAGAGAGAGAGAGAGAGAGAGAGAGAGAGAGAGAAGGAAAGGCAAACAGGUUGACUGGGUGUGCACCCUACAGUGGACAUGGGACAGGAGCAGUACACAUACACAUACACACAUACACAUAUUUGUAAACUGUGCCUAAUUUAUGGAAACUGGACACAUACAAAUGUAACUGCACAGGAAAUCUGACAUUAAUGAUGAAAAAGAAAAAGAAGUUUCUAUCCUACAUUGUACAAUUUCUGUAUAUGAAUUCUAAUUCAUUCGAAUGCAGAUUGAUUGGCUUUCAAUUAUAUCACUGCCGAUUAGUUA